GUUCAUUGUUUACAUCGUAUGCGCCUUUUUUCUAGGGCUUCUUUUUUGGGCAAAUUUCGGAAUUUUUGUUAUUUCAUGUAGAAAAUACUUGUUUUUGGAUACUUCUAACUGCUGGAGAGUUUCUGGUGACCUGAAUAAUGAUUCGGGAACGGUUUUUCGCCUUUUUAUGACCAACCUAAAGAUCAAUAGCUACAACAACACCUCGGAACCACAGCACAAUGUUUGGCCUUCAGAGUCGUCUCGUCCAAGCUCAGCAAGCGAGCAGCCCAACGCGCUAUCUUGAAGAAGAACAUGUGAAAGCUGGUCGUGAAGCCGAGCAAAUAGUGUUUGAAUUGUUAAAAACCGAAGGUGGUAUUCACCCGGAUGAUAUGUUCUGCAGAAUACGCAUUCCAUCUGAAUUUCAUACACGCCGGUAUGAAAUCGAUAUAGUGAUUUUAACAGCAUAUGGACUGUUUGCUGUGGAAAUCAAAAACUGGUCAGGCGAAGUCAACACAACCAAAGAUAAAGAGUCUUGGGUGCAGCGAAAACGGAAGCAUGGUGACAAUGGGGCAUCUGUGGAGUACGAAUUACAGCAUAAUAAUGCUGCCGCCAGUAUCCAAUCCAAGACACAGCUUCUCCGAAACCACCUUAUAAGAAAUGGCUGCUGUCUCAAAGAGAAGUUUUUCCAUCACAGAGUCUUGUUUGUUAACAAAAACGUCAAGCUACAUGAAGAUAUUGCAUCUAUACCAGAAGUGAUAUUGCCAGAAACAAUGUCUUAUUUCGUGAAGUCAUUCCAGUGGAGUUUGCUGGGUAAAAUAACAAGCGCCUUGACACCAUCUUUACUUUCAGGUCAGUUGUCGUACAGCGUAAUGGACUCAGCUCGGAGUAUCCUGAGUAAAACUGGUACGUGGGAUGUUAUAGAACUACAUGGUGGCAAACAGUUACAAGGUGAUUUCCGAGGAUGCGAGCAUUUCACCCCAAACAGAGCGGAAACAGAGAUACUCCAGUUCAGUCAUCAGCGCAGCCCCAAACUAAGCAGCACCUGGGCUGUGCUGGGUUACACACCACAAGUUGAAGUUACGAUGUUUACUCGUGACGGAUUGGGAUGGUUCUGGAAUUCCACAGUGGGAUCUGUUAAUAUCCCAUACAACUCGGAUGUUGUAUUUCGCGUUGCUGAUGAAAACACAGACUCAAAAAUACCUGCACACAAAAUUGAUAAAAUCAUACUCAGUGUUUGA